UAUUGAUGUAGAGAAAGGAUCGUGGUAGUGGCACAGAGGAGUUCACACGGCAUCAGUGCGCAGUCGCUUCACCAGUCGGAGCUCCGGUCUCCAGCGCUGCCGUUACGCACAGGUUCAUCUCAUUACCAAGCACCAGAUUUACAAAGACAAAUACGCGGAUUUUCGCCCUCUUUAUGACACGAUGUAAGGCAGAUAUGUGGGCUUUCCGUUGAGGGAUAUGGUCACUGCUGAGCUGCCAAAGUGGAGCCGCGCGUAUCACGGAUCGGGGCGCUCCUGCAGGGUCUAGGAUGCGCGCCCGGAACCUCCCGAUUCUUACCUGGGUUCGGGUCUGACCAGGAGUCCACUACCUCUGUUGGGCGCAGAGGAGGGAGGAGGACGCAGUCGACCCGCAACAGGAUGCCCGUGAUGAGAGGUCUGCUGGCCCCGCAGAACACUUUCCUCGACACCAUCGCCACCCGUUUCGAUGGCACCCACAGUAACUUUGUGCUGGGGAAUGCACAGGUCCAGUCUCUAUAUCCCAUCGUGUACUGUUCUGAUGGCUUCUGUGAACUCACUGGCUAUGCCCGAGCGGAACUGAUGCAGAAGAGCUGUGCGUGUCAUUUUCUGUACGGGCCAGAGACCAGUGAUAAGCUGAUGGCACAGAUGCAGAGCGCACUGGACGAAAGGCGGGAGUUUAAGACGGAACUGGUCUUCUACAAGAAAGGAGGAACUCAGUUCUGGUGUCUUCUGGAUAUCGUGCCCAUUAAGAAUGAGAAGGGAGAGGUGGUGCUCUUUCUAGUAUCACACAAGGACAUAACAGACAACAAGAAAUCCCAAGAUGAAGAACAGAGCCCAGAAAGAGACGUGGAGACGGGGUUGGAGGUGCACAAGGUUACGCGGCCACCGGGCUUCAAUGCCAACCGGCGGCGCAGUAGAGCUGUGCUUUACCAGCUGUCUGGACACCUGCAGAAACAAGACAAAAGCAAACUCAAGAUCAACAAUAACAUGUUUGGCGAGAAGCCGCCCAUCCCAGAGUACAAAGUGGCAGCCAUUCAAAAGAGCCGUUUCAUUCUUCUCCAUUAUGGCACCUUCAAAGCUGGCUGGGAUUGGCUGAUCCUGCUAGCGACCUUUUAUGUAGCAGUUACUGUUCCCUACAAUGUUUGUUUCACUGUUGUUGGUGGACGGGAUGAGUCAUCGACCCCUAGAAGUCCACCAAGUGUGAGCGACAUCCUUGUGGAAAUUCUUUUCAUGUUAGAUAUUUUGCUAAACUUCCGCACCACAUUUGUGAGCACAUCUGGCCAGGUGGUGUAUGAUGGACGAUCUAUCUGUGUGCAUUAUGUCACAACCUGGCUCUUCGUGGACCUGAUUGCCGCGCUACCUUUUGACCUGUUGUAUGCCUUCAAUGUCAGCGUGUACUUUGGAGUUCAUCUGCUGAAGACUGUUCGAUUGUUACGGCUUCUACGCUUGCUGCAAAAGCUGGAGCGCUACUCCCAAUACAGUGCAGUUGUACUCACAUUACUUAUGUCGAUGUUUGCCUUGCUGGCACAUUGGAUGGCCUGUGUCUGGUACAUAAUCGGGCGCAGCGAGAUUGAGAAUAACAGCCCUGGUUCCUGGGACAUUGGCUGGUUGCAUGAGCUGGGUAAACGUCUGGGCACCCCCUACUUCCUGUCUCCUCUUGCGUCCCUCAUUCCUGAUUCACUGCGCUCCACUAUCUUGGAUGGAUUGGUGGUCAAUUCAAGCCAGGGAAGCGGCACUGAUUUGGUGGGACAUGAGUCUGUGUGGAACUCGAGCCAAUGGAACACAACAGGAGAAGGUCCGGUGGGCACUUCAAAUGCCGGACAGACUGCAGCUGUAUUGGGAGGCGGGCCCUCGAUUCGGAGUUCAUAUGUGACGUCCCUGUACUUCGCUUUAAGCAGUCUGACCAGCGUGGGUUUUGGCAAUGUCUCAGCCAAUACUGACUCAGAGAAGAUCUUCUCUAUCUGCACCAUGCUGAUUGGAGCACUCAUGCAUGCCGCGGUCUUCGGUAACGUGACGGCCAUUAUCCAGCGGAUGUACUCACGGCGCUCGCUCUAUCACACUCGAACCAAAGACCUCAAAGACUUCAUCCGUGUGCAUCGGCUGCCCAAGGCUCUCGCGCAGCGCAUGCUGGAGUGCUUUCAAACGACGUGGUCUGUCAACAACGGCAUCGAUGUCAGCGAGCUUCUGAAGGACUUCCCAGAUGAACUGCGGGCUGACAUUGCCAUGCACCUGAAUAAAGAGCUGCUGCAGCUGCCUCUGUUUGAAUCAGCCAGUCGAGGGUGUCUGCGCUCUCUGUCGCUCAUCAUCAAAACUUCUUUCUGUGCUCCUGGGGAAUUCCUUAUUCGCCAGGGGGAUGCUCUGCAAGCCAUAUACUUUGUGUGCUCGGGCUCCAUGGAAGUGCUUAAGGACAACACUGUGCUGGCUAUACUGGGAAAAGGGGACCUGAUCGGCUCGGACUCGCUGACAAAAGAGCAGGUGAUCAAGACCAACGCAAACGUGAAAGCUCUGACAUAUUGUGACCUGCAGUACAUCAGCCUGAAAGGACUGCGAGAGGUGCUGCGCCUCUAUCCUGAAUACGCCCAGAAAUUUGUCAGCGAAAUUCAGCACGAUCUCACCUAUAACCUGCGGGAGGGCAGUGGAGCUGACCUGGACUGGGAAAGCAAUGGUGGUCUGGUGAAGAAACUUCCUGCUAUCCGUGAGGACGAGGAGAAUGAUGAAGAGCAGAACUCAGUGUCAAGAGCCCCACGGUCUCCUCUUCGCCUAACCCGGGGGCUCAACUCCCCACUGCGAUCGCCACUCCUCCCCCCUCGCCCCUUCCGCCCUCCAUCAGACCACACGCGACCCGCCACCCUCCAGAUACCUGUGGUCAGUUUCAGCAGCGCCCCUCCAGAACUCAGCCCCAGGUUUGUGGAUGGUAUAGAGACAGAAAGCAAUUCCAGCUCAACACAAAGGUUUGAGUUUGGUCCCAGCCUACCUCAGAGCGGCCCCCCAUCCCCUUCCCCAGUGAACCAGGAGCAGCUGGAGACCAAGCAGAGCAUCACCAAACUGAGCGAGGAGAUGACUAGUCUAUCCCAGCAAGUCUCUCAGCUGAGCAAAGAGCUACAGGAAAUGACACGUCUCCUCCGGCCCUUGCUUGUCAUUGGAUCUCAACCCCUCCUAACAGCCAUCAGUCCAGCGAUACCUCCGUCUCCCAGCAGUAGCAGUGGUCCAACAAUAUCCACACCACCAUCUCCUUCGCCCACAGCCCCACUGUCUGCACAACUCAGGCCUACAUGCUUACUAUUGGACAACGCAGAAACUGGAAGCAUUGGCUUGCCCAGCUGCCUCAUACCCACCAGCCCACCUCAGAGACACCAAGCACAUGCUCAGGUGUUUCCAGCAGGCUGUUUGAGGGGACCUUCCCUGCCAGUUCUCCUUUCUCCAGUGACAGCCCAAACAGAGGGGUCAGGCGCCCAGGUAGCUCCGACCCAGCCACCGCAGACCAGUCACCCUUCAAAUCCAUCUCUAGCCUUUUCUUCCCCGAUUUCUUCUUUCCGCUCCCAGUCUACUUCGUGCUCUCCCUGCCAGGGGCCUCACCGACCUGCCAGUCACAGCAGAGGUUUCCUACCAAGACCCCCCUCACAGGACACCCCACCUCCACCACCCUCGAUCAACAACUCCCCUGGCGACCACAGGCUGGGGAUCAACCCAUUUCCAUCGUCGCCUUCCUCUGCUGACGCCACUCCUCGGAUUCAGCCACGGUCAUGCACUCCUCCUUGUUCACAAACCUCCCCACCCUUGCCCUGCUCCCUGGACUCCCUGCCAGAAACCCAGGCCUCUUUUGGGACUUCCUGGUCCCCGCAAAACCCCAGUUCGGGACCUCCUCAGUUAGAGUUUGAGAUGCAAGAGUGGGCAGCAGGAGGGAGGCCUACCACAGAGCACAUCAGCUUCAUAGAUGAAGAGGGACCGCCACUGUGAGUGACUGAAAGAUGAAUACUACAACUAGUUGACUUAGCAAAUAAUGGAGUAAUGAACUGGGCCAGCAGCAAUUACCCCAACACACCUACAUUCUGAAUAACAGACAACACUGUUUGCUGUUUCUACAGGAUAACACUCGUAAUUGGACAAAUUGUGGAUCUGUUCCAAACCCCAGUGAGCUGCCUAGCUAGACAGCAUUUUAAGCCAUCGUAUGCAUGACACUUACACCUUUUCCAAAUAGUAGACAGCUAAAAUGAUGUGGUUUUGUAAGGAUUUGGGCCAAAGUCACCGUUGCAUUUAUGCAUCAUGGAUAAGAUAUUUCAGAAUGUAUUGCGAAUCAGUAAAAAAGGUUAAUUCGGGAUGGUCCCAAUUGUUGCAUCAAACAAAACCACACAAGAGUUCAUGUCAUGGUGUAAAUACCAUACUUGCGAGAUGACAACUCAGACGCUCUACUUGGCGCUAUUCAUGUCCUCAGACUCUAAAUGAUGUAUUUCUACAGCAAAAUUAUUAAUGCCAAAAUGAUGUGCAAUUUGAGUAAUCAUUAGACAAAAACACAAUAGUAAGUAACAAUUGUUAUGUAAUUGCUUAAAGUUUAAUUAGCAGGACUACAGAUAGUUACACUAUUCAGAUAAUAAUUGCAUUAUUAAGACAUUAACAAUAGGCAAUUUUAAGGAUUCAUUUUACUGCUGAAGCCACUGGCAUUCUUAGUGUUUCCGCAUGACGUUGCAGUUUUUAUGUGGUACAAGUUGGACCUUUCAGAAAAUUCUGUGAAUUUUGUAAUUAUCAGGCCUGAGGAUGUGAGCAUUUUUUUAUAUAUAGAGACCCCGCAAUUAUGGUAUUUAAAACAUGACAUGAACACAUUUAUUCACAGUUGACUCCAACACAGCUUAAGUUUAAUAUGCUGCUAAGCUAAUGCAAACUGAACUUUAACAAUGAAAAUCCCAUCUAAUUAUAUAUUAACAAUAUUUAGCAUAAUACUGUGUACUACAGUAUGUAUUUUUGAGUCAGCUAUUAGCUUAGCAACAUGAUAACGUCUAAGUCUCUAGUGCGGAUGUGGUCAGGCUAAGAGACAAGCUGUUUUUCAGCAAGGAUAGGCUAUGAAAAAUGUCAGAAUACAGUGAGGCAGCUCACUAUGAUUUGAAACAGCACCUCAGUACUUGAUACCAGCCAAUCACUCUCCUCUGAGCACAACUUCAUGAAGUUUUUCUUCUAAUGGCUUUAUAGGGCCCUCAGAGGCACUAUAUACAUCACAGAGCAUGGUGACCCAAACUGCGAGCAUCCCGCAGCGGUCAUAGAAACAUUCAUAGAAUUGAAUAUAACAUAAGUGAAAGUGCACUGAUAAACUUGCAUGUCUGUACACUAAUCAUGCACAGAAUACAGGAAUUGUCAGGUGGUGUUUCUAAUCUCUGUAUUACCAAAAAAUAAAGUUAAUACUCUAAGAUUUUCCCACCUUAUGAAACAAGUUUAUAUUUAAAUUUUCAGACUUGGUAAAUGAAUGAAGCCAUCACAUUAUCACCAUAAUAAUUCAUUUGUUUCCUCCAGACUGUCUUAAGCCAGGGUUAACACAUUCAGUAGCCAGAACCAUGAGUUGCAUAGUUAGGUCAGAAGGAUGACCUAUAGGGAAAUGCAUUUUCUCCACUUCUGAAAAAUGAUCAAGUUUGGUCAGUUUAUAGAUUUCUUCAUUAUAUUCAGUCAAAAAACAAAGUAUGAUUUAGAGUAAGCAGAAAGUGUAAUACUUUGCUCACAUGCACAUAGAUCCAACCAGUGUCUAAAAUUAUGUGGUAAAUGCUAUAAAUAUUUUUUUACCAGCCAUGAAACUAUAUUUUACAUUAUUUACUUAAAAAGUAUAUAUAUAAUUCUCUAUGACAAUGGAUUUAUUUAGCCAUUUGUCUCUUGAAUAGUUAGAGCAAUUAGUGCAGAACAUUGCGUUGUUCAAGGCAUCACAUUUAAGCCAAACUCUCGACAACGCCACCCAUCCCCACAAGAAAAAAAAACAAAAACAAAAAAAAACUUGCCUUUCUUGUUUCAUUUCAGUGGUAUAAAUGUCACAAGUGUCCCACCUCAUUUCUAGAGCUAUGACAAUAAA